AAUCCCACCCAAUUACCAUAGCCCACAUCCCUCUAGCCAAUUACCUAAAGACACGUCAAACAACCAUAAACACUUUUAACCAAUUUAGUCUUCGUCAAUUUCUAACACUACUGCAAGUCUACAACAUAACUCACCAUCACAGAUUUAUAGAAAAUGAUGAAUGCUGGAUUCUUUCUCGGCAUACUUGCCGCCCUCGCCACCAUUUUUUAUUCCUUUGGUGAUGGAGCUGCUGCGAAGACAAGUAUGCUUAUCUGCUCUGCCGAUAAUAGAUUCCCAACUCCAGGACCUCCAGGGGCUGACUCAGCCACAUUGACAUUUACAAACAAUUGUUCUACCACUAUUUGGCCUGGAACCCUUACUACUGGUGGGGCCGCUCAACUUUCGUCAACGGGGUUCGAGUUAGCAUCUAAAGCCUCAUUAUCCCUCAACGUGCCGGCCCCGUGGACCGGCCGGUUUUGGGCACGGACUUCUUGCACCACAGACGCCAGUGGAAAGUUUAGCUGUCAGACUGCCGAUUGUGCCUCCGGUCAAAUAGAUUGCAAUGGUGCCGGUGCAAUCCCUCCGGCAACCCUAGUAGAAUUAACCCUAGCAGCCAACAAUGGACAAGAUUUUUACGACAUUAGCCUAAUAGAUGGGUUCAACUUGCCGGUUUCCAUCACCCCACAAGGUGGAACCGACAGCUGCCGCACCUCCUCAUGCCCGGUUGAUGUCAAUGCCGAUUGUCCGGCUGAACUUGUGGUGAAAAAUUCAGAUGGUGCCACAAUUAGUUGCAAGAGUGCAUGCCUAGCAUUUAAUGAGCCACAAUAUUGUUGCACUGGAGCUUAUAACACAGAAGCGACUUGUCCACCCACUAACUACUCUCAGUACUUUAAAGGGAAGUGUCCUUCGGCUUAUAGCUAUGCCUAUGAUGACAAAACUAGCACAUUUACUUGCAAUGGUGGACCUAACUAUGCUAUUACAUUUUGUCCAUGAGAAAUAGGACAGAGGAGAUAUUCCUGAUCUGAUCACUGCCCUCUCCCAUUUCAUUACUAGCAACUAAAACAAUUUUGAUUUCUCUCACGUAAGUUAAAUGUUAAUGUUCUACUAGUAAUUUUUACUUUAUGAUUACACUUGACUAGCUAGGAUUGUAAAUGAGCCGAGUUGAGUUUAGUGGAUUGAUUUGAGCUCGGCUUGAGCUCAAACAAAUUCAGAGAGAAAUGCAACUAUAAUCAUAUAUAUAUCUAUUUACCCUAUAAAAGUGUAUUCUAUUUGUAUUUUUUAUAUACACUUUUUGUAAUAAUAUUAUAUACUAGAUUUAAAUAUAUUAUAAGCGUCAUUUCA